AUGACGUCCAGCAGACCAUACCCCAGACCGGGCACAGAGGGCAUCUGGCUCCCCCUAAACCACUACCCUUCCAGGAGGAGUAGCCAUCCGGUUCAGCCCCUCAGAGGGGGCCUGGGAGACCCCGUCGACCAAAGCUCUAGUGUGGACACAUCUAUCAGAGAGGUGUGAGAGGAUUUAAGCCAGAUUUAGAGGAUUUCUGGUGCCGCCUUUUGAAACAUUAGAAGUUGUGAGACUAACAGAGUUGGUUAUUAUGAUGUGUAGCAUUUGCUGUUUUUCGCUUUUUGCUUUGACUUCUAGUUUUUAAUUGGAAUGUAGGCUAAUCGAUUAGCUGUUGGCUUUAAGCUGAAGUAACUGUUGUUAUUCGGUAACUUGGCUUGGAUUCCUGGCAGUUGCUCUUGUCUUAUCUUUUACUAGUUCUGUCCUUGGUGCAGGUCAUCUGGGAGUACAGCUACUGUUGCUCUCAUCACUCUCAUGCUUUGACAAUAACCGCUACUGAAGGAUCUUUGGCCGCCCAAACUAAGUUGAACUAUAAUAUAACCUCUUUGAAGUAUAGUUUGACAUAUUCUAACCUGUGUUAUUUCCCUGUGCAGGCUCACCUGGUGGCAGCGUUUGAACAGAGCCUGGGUAACAUGACCAUCAGAUUGAAGAGUCUCACUAUGACGGCUGAGCACAAGGUGAGGCAUGACAUAGCAUAACAUGACAUCAUUUAAGGCACAAUUGAAUUAUGUUCAUCUCGGCCAAUGAAAACCAAAAUAUGAAAAUACGAUAUAUAUAUGUAUAUGAAUUUUAGAUAUGUGAAUGUUAUUUGCAUGUUGUUGUAAUAUUCUAAAUGUGUUUUCCCUGCAGGACUGUGAGCUGAACGAGCUGAGGAAGAACAUUGAGCUGCUGAAGAAACAGAACAACGUGGCCCAGGCCGCCAUCAACGGAGUCAUCAACACACCUGAACUCACCUGCAAACAGAAUAGGACAGGUAAGGAGAACCGAACCACAACCAUAGCAAUAACUCCAACAACCUCUAACAGUACCUUAAAGGUACAGUGGACUUACGUUUCCACGAGCAGCACCGCAUAUACACUAUAUAUACAAAGGUAUGUGGACACCCCUUCAAAUUAGUGGAUUCGGCUAUUUCAGCCACACCCGUUGCUGACAGGUGUAUAAAAUCGAGCAGACAGCCACGCAAUCUCCAUAGACAAACAUUGGCAGUAGAAUGGUCUGUACUGAAGAGCUCAGUGUCUUUCACCGUGGCACCGUCAUAGGAUGCCACCUUUCCAACAAGUCAGUUCGUAAACUUGCUGCCCUGCUAAAGCUUCCCCGGUUAACCGUAAGUGUUGUUAUUAAGAAGUGGAAAUGUCUAGGAGCAACAACGGCUCAACAGCGAAGUGGUAGGCCACACAAGCUCACAGAACGGGACCGUCGAGUGCUGAAGCGCGUAGUGCGUAAAAAUCGUCUGUCCUCGGUUGCAAUACUCACUACCGAGUUCCAAACUGCCUCUGGAAGCAAUGUCAGCACAAGAACUGUUCAUCUGGAGCUUAAUGAAAUGGGUUUCCAUGGCCGAGCAGCCGCACACAAGCCUAAGAUCCCCAUGCUGAAUACCAAGCGUCGGCUGGAGUGGUUAAAGCUCGCUGCCAUUGGGCUCUGGAGCAGUGGAAACGGGUUCUCUGGAGUGAUGAAUCACGCUUCAUCAUCUGGCAGUCCGACAGACGAAUCUGGGUUUGGCGGAUGCCAGGAGAACACUACCUGCCUGAAUGCAUAGUGCCAACUGUAAAGUUUGGUGGAGGAGGAAUAAUGGUCUGGGGCUGUUUUUCAUGGUUUGGACUAGUUCCCUUACUUCCAGUGAAGGGAAAUCUUAACGCUACAGCAUACAAUGACGUUCUUUGUGGCAACAGUUUUGGGAAGGCCCUUUCCUGUUUAACCAUGACAAUGCCCCCGUGCAUAAAGCGAGGUACAUACAGAAAUGGUUUGUCGAGAUCGGUGUGGAAGAACUUGACUGGCCUGCACAGAGCCCUGACAUCAACCCCAUCUAACACCUUUUGGGAUGAAUUGGAACGCUAACUGCGAGCAAGGCCUAAUCGCCAGUGGUGUAAAUACUAAAGUAAAAAUACUGUAAAGUACUACUUAAGUAGUUUUUUGGGGUAUAUGUACUUUACUUUACUAUUUAUAUUUUUGACAACUUUUACCUUUACUUCACUACAUUCUUAAAGAAAAUAAUUUACUUUUUACUUCAUACAUUUUCCCUGACACCCAAAAGUACUUGUUACAUUUUGAAUGCUUAGCAGGACAGGAAAAGGGUCAAAUUCACGCACUUAUCAAGAUAACAUCCCUGGUCAUCCCUACUGCCUCUGAUCUGGCGGACUCACUAAACACACAUGCUUUGUUUGUAAAUUAUGUCUGAGUGUUGGAGUGUGCCCCUGGCUUUCCUUAAAUAAAUAAAAAUGGCGGCAUCUGGUUUGCUUAAUAUAAGGUAUUUGAAAUUAUACUUAAGUAUAUUUUAGCAAUUACAUUUACUUUUGAUAUUUAAGUAUAUUUAAAACCAAAUACUUUUAGACUUUUACUCAAGUAGUAUUUUAGUUUUAGUUGAGUCAUUUUCUAUUAAGGUAUCUUUGCUUUUACUCAAGUAUGACAAUUGGGUACUUUUUCCACUACUGAUAAUCACCCAACAUCAGUGCCGACCUCACUAAUGCUCUUGUGGCCGAAUGGAAGCAAGUCCCCGAAGCAAUUUUCCAAAAUCUAGUGGAAAGCCUUCCCAGAAGAGUGGAGGCUGUUAUAGCAGCAAAGGGGGGACCAACUCCAUAUUAAUGCCCAUGAUUUUGGGAUGAGAUGUUCGACGAGCAGGUGUCCACAUACAUUUGCGUAUUAUGAUGAGCGAGAUGCAAGACUUCUACGGGACCAAAACAGCUGAGAAGUUUAGCCUCGCACUUCAACGCUCUUAGUUGUUGCGGAAAUUGACCCACUAUGCCAGGGAUCAUCAACUACGUUCCGCCUCAGGCCGAUUCUUUCUUGAGCGGAGGGUCAGGGGGCCGGAACAUAAUUACAAAUAAUUUGUAGACUGUAAUUGACCGUAAUAUAAUAUUUGACUAAAACAUAAUAUUUUCAAACCUAGCUUACGUUUGAAUACGAUCACUAUAUCGCUCUGUUAGACGUGGGAAUAGUUUGGAACAGAUUUCCAAAAUGAAAAUCACUUGGAGGCGAUUUGCUGGUACUGUAUUUUUACAGUCUUUUAUCUCUCAAACUUGCUCAGAAAACUUGGGGGGCCAAAUAAAAUCACCCGCGCCCCACCAGUUGGGGAACCCUGCACUAUGCUGUUCAUUUUAUGCAUCUACAUCAUAUCGCUGACUGUACCUUGAAGCUUACACCUGGCAAGGGAAAAGGUGAAGUUAUAAACUUCCCACAAUGCUGUGAUACUGUAUUAUUUCUGAGUCUUUAAAAAAAGUCUCUCUCUCUCUCUCUCUCUCUCUUUUCUGUCUCUCAACCCCUCUUUCUCAGGUUCUUUCUCAGGUGGUGGUGGUAGUAAUGGCAGCCCCCAGCAGCAGCAGCAGCCAGACCUACGGAUGAGGAGACAGCACUCGUCAGACAGCGUCAGCAGCAUUGCCAGUGCAACCAGCCACUCCAGUGUGGGAUCCAACAUGGACGCCGACGCUAAGAACAAGAAGAAGAACAAGAAGAACUGGGUAUGUACAUUCGUAGACAUGCACACGCAUUCAAGCGCACACUCACACAUACAUAUUACACACACACACACACACACACACACACACACACACACUGGAACUGAGUACGAUCAUGAUCACUCACUAACACACACAACCUACAAUACACACAAGCAUAUCUUACUCCAAAUUAAAUCUAACAACUGGUAUGUAGGUUUGUCUCUGUCUCACUUGUUUCAUCUCUCUAUAUACACUACCAGUCAAAAGUUUGGACACACCUACUCAUUCAAGUUUUUUUACAAAUGUUUACAUUGUAGAAUAAUAGUGAAGACAUCAAAACUAUUAAAUAACACAUAUGGAAUCAUGUAGUAACCAAAAAAGUGCUGAACAAAUCAAAAUAUAUUUUAUAUUUGAGAUUCUUCAAAUAGCCAGCCUUUGCCUUGCACACUCUUGACAGCAUUGCACACUCUUGUCCAAACUUUUGACUGGUACUGUAUGUAUUUGUGUAUUUAUGUGUUUGUAACUCACACUCUGGGGUCUCUUUCUCAGGCAUCUUGCACAGGGGCCAAGGUGAAUGCAAUGCAAUUAGCUUUUCUUGUAGACUCCGUUACUGUUCAAAAGUAGUGUACUGUAUAGGGAAUAGUGUGUAAUUUGGUAUGUUACCUAGAUCUACAAGUUGUAGAGGUUUUGUGAAACAUAUUCUAAUAUUUUCAAUUUCCUGUUGAUUCAGGAAGUUAACGUUGUUCCAUUUCUUGUUGUGUUCCCUCUUGCUCCUUGUUGCUGACAGAUUGUGUCUUGCACAGGAGGACAGGUUGAAGAGGAUGAUGUAUGCAUCCUAUUUGUGCUUUUAGACUGUGUGCCUUGAUGUUGUUAUCUGUAGGCAACAAAAUAGUGAUCAACCUGAAAGCUUUUGUGUCAAGUAAUUGUAUGUGUACCGCUUCAGAGAUGCUAGAUGGAAACAGCUACGCUUGAGACACUCUGAAGAUACUAUUGAACUCUAUUUUGUUGCCUACAUCUACAGUAUCUUGAUAAGCUGUCAUACCCGGUGUUUCACUGCUGUAGUGUCUGUAGCAAAUCUAUCUCCUAGUUGAUCCUCCAGACUUGGGCUCAAUUCCAAUAACAUUUCAGGAAUGGUAUUGCUGUCACAGACGUUGAGAGACGGGUCAGACCAAGGUGCAGCGUGGUAUGCGAACAUGUUUAUUAAACUGGAUAAACACUUGACAAAAACAACAAAAGGCAACGUGACGUGACACUCACUAUGGCUAAAACACGUACAAGCAAAACAAGAGUAUGAACAAGAUCCCACAACCCAGGCAGGAAAACUGGCUGCCUAAGUAUGAUCCCCAAUCAGAGACAACGAGCAACAGCUGCCUCUGAUUGGGAAUCAUACCCGGCCAAACAUAGACGUAGAACCACUAGACUCUAACCAUAGAUAUACAACAACCUAGAACUAAACAGCCACACCCUGACCAAACUAACUAGAGUUCUAUAGGUCAGGACGAGACAACUGCAUUUGGUUUCCAACAGGAUUUGAAAUGGAAUUGAGCCCUACUCUAAUUGCUUUAUGGUAUUGGCUGCUAUUGAACCUGUCUAGACCCUAGUGAUUUGUAUUCCUAUCCUCUGGCCCAUAGAUAUAAUAACAUUGAAGUGACCCUGUAUAAGCUGGCUUUAGCUUUGAAUGUCUAUAUUUGUAGCUCUAUAGAUUUAUCAUAGAAUACUCCUGUCCCGAUCCAAGGACUUUGUGAGAAGGUGUACUGUCUAUAUAAAGUUUCAACAAGCGAAAGUCACGUUACAUGUUUAAGAUCUAGUGAUAAUAAGCUAUUCUCAGAGAGCCCAUGGUUCUCACAUGCUUUUUGCACAGACAAUAGGUGGUCCUUUGAUAAUAUGCGGAUUGGAUAAGCCAUAUGUGGUAGGGUAAGGUAUGUAGGGUGUAUGUGGGCUGUCUGUGAGGUAUCAUGGUAAAAAGGGCAGUGGACUGUAAAUGAGCUCCCUAUUAGAAGGACAUCAGUCUGCACGAGUGUAGGUUGAAGCAAAUGGCCUCAGUAUCUUACGGUGCAGAACAGCCACAUACCACAGUCCACAUUCUGCAGCCUCCACUGUACGCUGUAUGUCCCUACCACUAACACACUCACACACUCCCCACUGAACCUGUGCUGUUUUGUGUCUCUCUCUCUCUCUGUCUUCCUCUGUGCUAUCGCUUCAUGUGGCAGGUCUAUGAGGUAAGAGUGGAUGAAAAACCCAAAAAACUAAAGGCAGCUUAACCUAAAGCUAACAUUAACCUCAGCACUCUGUAGGUUACUAACACACUCCCUCUCCUUCCUCUCCUGUCCUCAAUCAUCCCUCUGGUUUCUUCUCCAGUUGUGUUCUUUAUGCUGAUUCCUUUCCUGAUGUGACUUUGAGUCUGCUCUGAAACAAACUUCAUACAAGGCUCAAUUAUAAUGCAAUCAUUUCAUAGUAAUCGUGUAGCAAACAUACUAUACCAUUCUAGCUGUAAAUUCAAGGUUACAUGAAACUGAUAGUCUCCGCGACAGCCUUGGGUGCUCUUUUCUAGUCCUAUUCACUGCAGUGUAGUUAUUUCUCUAGUCUACAGAGCAUUAUACAGUUAUACACACACAGUAGGUGAGGUUAGUGGACUGGAUGUCUGUAACCACACACAACCACCUGACAAUAACCACCUGACACUCAUUCACACUGACACCUCUUAGUGUUUGUGUUUAGAGCAUAAGCUCAAGUCACGGCCUCCUUAUAGCACUAGUCCUUUCCCCUUGCUUCUCUUUCCCUUCUUCUCUCUUUUCUUGAUCUAUUUCUCGCUUACUCAGGCACUCCCUCACAGCUGCCUUCCUCCGCUUUCCUCCUGCUUUCCCUUGCUCCCCGUCUGUUUUGGGAGUGUAUCCUCACACUUCUCUCUCACACACACAUACACUCACCCUCCUCUCCUCUCUGUCUCUCUCCCCCUGCAGUUGCGGAGCUCCUUCAAGCAGGCGUUCAGUAAGAAGAAAUCUCCUAAGUCUGCCUCGUCCCACUCUGACAUAGAGGAGAUGACAGACUUCUCCCUACCCUCCUCCCCCAAACUCCCACACAAUGGAUCCACAACCUCCAGCCACAUGUUUAGGAACUCACACUCCAACUCACUGUACGUAUACGGUGUGGUGUUUGUGUGUGCGUGUGUGCGUACGUGCGCGCGUGUGUGUGUGUGAGAGAGAGAAAAUGUACAAGUUAUAUCAAUGAGCAUCUGUGUGUAGGCUGUCGGACUGUCUGGACGGUGAGGCAGAGACAGUGAUGCAGCUCCGCAGCGAGCUCAGGGAGAAGGAGAUGAAGCUGACCGACAUCCGCCUUGAGGCUCUCAGCUCGGCCCAUCAACUGGACCAGCUCAGAGAGGCCAUGAACCACAUGCAGGUAACACACACACACACGGUGAAACGUACGCGCGUACACACACACACACACACACACACACACACACACACAACACACACACACACACACACACACACACACACACACACUGUUCUGUUGACCGACUGUUGCUAUGUCUUCCUGUGUUUUCUCUCAGGGGGAGAUAGAGAAAUUGAAAGCAGAGAAUGACCGUCUGAAGCUGGAGAGUACAGGGGGCAGCAGAGCCCCCUCCCAGGCCUCCAUCUCGUCCUCGCCCUCUCAUCAUACACACACCCCUACCCCAGGGCCUGGCCUGUCCCAGCACAGCAUCAACCUCACUGAGUCCACCAGCCUGGGUGAGAACAGCGUGUUUUGAUAUGGUAUCUGUAUGGUUGGGUAUAUGUGUGAGCAUGUGUUUUAAGUGUGUGUACAUCUGUAUUUGUGUUUGGGAUAUGAUUGCCUUUGAGAGUGUGUGUGCCUGAUUGUGUAUUUUUGUGGAUGGGUGUAUGUAUGAGUCUCACUCUCCUCUUCCUCUCUCCUCUCAGACAUGUUGUUGGAUGAUACAGUGGGAGAUGGAGUAAUGAGGAAAGAGGGACGACACGUGAAGAUAGUGGUCAGUCUGGAUGAGGACCUCUCCCAGGAGGUCAGGCCUCGCCACUUCCUGAUUGGCUGUAUCGGUGUGAGUGGUAAAACUAAGUGGGACGUCUUGGAUGGGGUGGUCCGCCGCCUCUUUAAGGUAAACACAUUGAAUGAAUCACUUAAUUUGUGAAUAAAGGUUUCGUUAAUUGUAUUUAUCUUUCCAACAUCAAAAUAAGAACUUCAUAGUUGAGUUGCAUAUCACCUAACCCUUGACCUUUUCGCUCAUGCUUUUGUAGGAGUACAUCACCCAUGUGGACCCAGUGAGCCAGCUUGGGCUGACCUGUGACAGUGUGGAGGGAUACAACAUUGGGGAUGUGCAUCGCCAUAGCAACACCAGCACCGCUCACACCCCCGAGCUGCUGCCAUGCGGCUACCUGGUUGGAGACAGCGACACCAUCAACAUCAGGCUCAAAGGUAUGAGUGUGUGUGUUUCUCUAAAUGUGUUUAUCUCUCCCUACAAUCUGGUGUGUAUAGCGUACAUGUGUUCUCUGUGUAAGAAUGUCUCUCUCUCUCUCCCUCCCUCUCUCUGCCUCUCUCUCCCUCUCUAGGUGUGAGCAGUGGGAGUGUGGACUGCCUGGUGUUUGACACUCUGAUCCCUAAGCCCAUGCUGCAGCGCUACGUGUCUCUGCUGAGGGAGCACCGCCGUGUCAUUCUCUCUGGCCCCAGCGGCACCGGUAAAACACACCUGGCGAAUCAUCUGGCAAGACACCUGCUCCUGCAGGAGGGCCGACCCCUGACCCCUCAUUCCGUCGUCACCUUUAACGUGGACCACAAGUCUAGCAAGGUACGUAGCUAUGCCCCUGAAGCACCUCACCGAAGCAUAGGGCACCAACUGGCGAAGACGAUAUAUUGUGUGAUGUGACGAUUAAUUUGCCUUUUUUUCUGUUAUAUUAGACAUGUAUCUUGGAGGCAGAACUCAAAAGAGUGUCUUAUGUUAAAGCAACUCAAAAGGUUUUUGUGCAUUGAAAAAAAACUUGAUGUGUAAACCUCCUGUCUGUCUGUCUGUCUGUCUGUCUGUCUGUCUGUCUGUCUGUCUGUCUGUCUGUCUGUCUGUCUGUCUGUCUGUCUGUCUGUCUGUCUCUCUCUCUCUCUCUCUCUCUCUCUUUCUCUUUCUCUCUCUCUCUCUUUCUCUCUCUCUCUCUCUUUCUCUCUCUUUCUCUCGCUCUCUCUCUCUCUCUCUCUCUCUAGGAGUUGCGUCAGUACCUGACAGGCCUGUCUGAGCAGUGCAGCAGUGACAGACCAGAGGCAGAGAGUCCUCUAGUGGUCAUACUGGAUAACAUGCACCACGUCUCCUCACUGGGCGAAAUCUUCAACGGAGUGUUCAACUGCAAAUACCAAUGUUGGUGAGUGCACACACAUGCACACACACACACACACAUACACGCAGUUGUGUUUAUUGUAAAUGUGUUGAUUUUCUGUGUGUUCUCUCUGUCCCCAGCCCCUACAUCAUCGGUACUAUGAGCCAGGCCACAUCCUCUGCCCCCAACCUACAACUCCACCACAACUUCAGGUAGGCUAACUCAACAGCCAUAAUAAUACUAGAUAUACCAGUUGAAGAUCAAUAGUAACUGAAAUGAAACAGUAAAAUGUUUGAAUUUGAAAUGCACUUUGCAUGAUUCAUCACUAGGUGGCAGCAACAGAUUGGGCAGCAAUCCAUUGCACUCUCUCCAUUCCUUCAGAAUGGAAAGAUGGAGUGUCUUUAUUGGCUGUAUUCAUGAAUGAGUACUAACCUAUUAACUCCUCCUCUCUCUCGUUUGCAUAUGUGAUCAGAUGGGUGCUGUGUGCCAAUCACUUGGAGCCGGUGAAGGGCUUCCUGGGUCGCUACCUGAGGAGGAAACUGAUCGAGACGGAGAUCAGCAGCCGUAAGCGCACCCUGGAGCUGGUCAAGAUCAUCGACUGGAUCCCUCGCGUCUGGCACCACCUCAACCACUUCCUAGAGGCACACAGCUCCUCUGACGUUACCAUCGGUGGGUAGAAAACACAAUGACGUCAUAAACCAGCUAUAUGCCCCAAUCCAAAAUGAAUGGAAAAGAUAAGCACCAAGUAAUUUUGAAAUUUGUGGUGCUUAUCUUCUCCAUUAAUUUGGGGUUUAAGGCAUAUAGCUGGAUUUACAAAACCGAUGGGGUGGGAUGUGGACUAAUCAUGACAUUAGGCACAUUUUGUGGUCUGAGUAUAAUGUGUUUUUUGCAUGUUAUUGUGCUUUGUGUCACAAUAUUCUCAAUAUUCAUAACCUCAUCUGGCCAUAAGCUCAUUUUCCAAAAGAGGAUUGAAAGAAAAGGCACAGUGGCACUAUUUAACAUCCAUCUGACUUUUGACCUUUGCCUCCCCAGGGCCACGCCUCUUCCUGUCAUGUCCCAUGGACGUGGCUGGCUCCAGGGUGUGGUUCACUGACCUCUGGAACUACUCCAUCAUCCCCUACAUGCUGGAGGCAAUCAGAGAGGGACUGCAGGUAGGCUAUACAGUCGUGGUCAAAAGUUUUGAGAAUGACACAAGUAUUGGUCUUCACAAAGUUUGCUGCUUCAGUGUUAUGAGAUAUUUUUGUCAGAUGUUACUAUGGUAUACUAAAGUAUAAUUACAAGCAUUCCAUAAGUGUCAAAGGCUUUUAUUGACAAUUACAUGAAGUUUAUGCAAAGAGUCAAUAUUUGCAGUGUUGACCCUUCUUUUUCAAGACCUCUGCAAUCCGCCCUGGCAUGCUGUCAAUUAACUUCUGGGCCACAUCCUGACUGAUGGCAGCCCAUUCUUGCAUAAUCAAUGCUUGGAGUUUGUCAGAAUUUGUGGGGUUUUGUUUGUCCAGCCGCCUCUUGAGGAUUGACCACAAGUUCUCAAUGGGAUUAAGGUCUGGGGAGUUUCCUGGCCAUGGACCCAAAAUGUCGAUGUUUUGUUCCCCGAGCCACUUAGUUAUCACUUUUGCCUUAUAGCAAGGUGCUCCAUCAUGCUGGAAAAGGCAUUGGUCGUCACCAAACUGUUCUUGGAUGGUUGGGAGAAGUUGCUCUCGGAGGAUGUGUUGGUACCAUUCUUUAUUCAUGGCUGUGUUCUUAGGCAAAAUUGUGAGUGAGCCCACUCCCUUGGCUGAGAAGCAACCCCACACAUGAAUGGUCUCAGGAUGCUUUACUGUUGGCAUGACACAGGACUGAUGGUAGUGCUCACCUUGUCUUCUCCGGACAAGGUGUUUUCUGGAUGCCCCAAACAAUCGGAAAGGGGAUUCAUCAGAGAAAAUGACUUUACCCCAGUCCUCAGCAGUCCAAUCCGUGUACCUUUUGCAGAAUAUCAGUCUGUCCCUGAUGUUUUUCCUGGAGAGAAGUGGCUUCUUUGCUGACCUUCUUGACACCAGGCCAUCCUCCAAAAGUCUUUGCCUCACUGUGCGUGCAGAUGCACUCACACCUGCCUGCUGCCAUUCCUGAGUAAGCUCUGCACUGGUGGUGCCCCGAUCCCGCAGCUGAAUCAACUUUAGGAGACGGUCCUGGCGCUUACUGGACUUUCUUGGGCGCCCUGACGCCUUCUUCACAACAAUUGAACCGCUCUCCUUGAAGUUCUUGAUGAUCCGAUAAAUGGUUGAUUUAGGUGCAAUCUUACUAGCAGCAAUAUCCUUGCCUGUGAAGCCCUUUUUGUGCAAAGCAAUGAUGACGGCACGUGUUUCCUUGCAGGUAACCAUGGUUAACAGAGGAAGAACAAUGAUUUCAAGCACCACCCUCCUUUUAAAGCUUCCACCUGGCGUCUGUUAUUCAAUCGUAUGUAACUCAAUCAGCAUGACAGAGUGAUCUCCAGCCUUGUCCUCGUCAACACUCUCACCUGUAUUAACGAGAGAAUCACUGACAUGAUGGCAACUGGUCCUUUUGUGGCAGGGCUGAAAUGCAUUGGAAAUGUUUUUUGGGGAUUAAAUUCAUUUUCAUGGCAAAUAGGGACUUUGCAAUUAAUUGCAAUUCAUCUGAUCACUCUUCAUGACAUUCUGGAGUAUAUGCAAAUUGCCAUUAUCAAAACUGAGGCAGCAGACUUUGUGAAAACUUUUGACCACGACUGUACACACACAAAGGCAUGCAACACACGCACACACACGUACAACACAUGCAUGUGCAUUCACACAGGCACACUCAAACAUAUCAGUCACAAAAAUUAAAUUAAAUGCACACUCGCAUUAUGUAUGGUACUCACUGUGUUUUCAUAUUAUUAUCAUACCUCUACAUUGAUACUUACAAUGCUCUCUCCCCUCCAUCCGUCUCCCUCUCUGUAGCUGUACGGCCGUAGGUCAGCGUGGGAGGACCCUGCACGCUGGGUGAUUGACAGCUACCCCUGGUCAGCCACGCCCACACCUGCUGAUUGGCCCCCGCUGCUGCAGCUCCGCCCAGAAGACGUGGGCUUCGACGGUUACUCCGCCCCCAGGGAGGGCAUCAGGAAGGAGCCGCCGCAGAGCGACAGUGACGCAGACCCACUGGUGAGACAACACGCGUGCGCACACACACCCAAAUGCUCAAAACAGGUCAAGUGUACACAUAACACACACAAGCAGGCACUGCAGAUCCAUGAGACAACACAGACACACACAGUCACACUCACGCUAACCUUUGACCCCUGCGUCUCCGUCCUCAGAUGAAUAUGCUAAUGAGGCUGAAGGAAGCAGCCACUUCCUCCAGCCCUCAGAGAUACGACAGUGACUCUAAUAGCAACAGUCACCAACACGACAUCCUGGACUCAUCACUGGAGUCAACA